CUCUGGUGGACCGAGCUCCUUGGGCCAUGGCCGCUGCUCAGCCCCGGCUUUCCGCGGGAGCGGCCAUGGUCCGGCGCCUGGCCCGGGGCUGCUGGUCUGCGUUCUGGGACUAUGAGACACCCAAAGUGAUCGUGGUGCGGAACCGGCGCCUGGGAUUCGUGCACCGCACGGUGCAGCUGCUCAUUCUGCUUUACUUCGUGUGGUACGUGUUCAUCGUGCAGAAAAGCUACCAGGACAGCGAGACCGGUCCGGAGAGCUCCAUCAUCACCAAAGUGAAGGGGAUCACCAUGUCGGAAAACAAAGUGUGGGACGUGGAGGAAUACGUAAAGCCCCCGGAGGGGGGCAGUGUGGUCAGCAUUAUCACCAGGAUCGAGGUCACCCCUUCCCAGACCCUGGGAAAAUGCCCAGAGAGCAUGAGGGUUCAGAGUUCCUCCUGCCAUUCGGAUGACGACUGCGUGGCCGGGCAGCUGGACAUGCAAGGCAACGGUCAGUGUCCACCAGGGACAGCGGGGGAAGAUGGGGUUAGCACUGACCUCAGCCGAUUGACCAGUGUCUGCCCCGCAGGGAUUCGGACAGGACACUGCGUACCCUAUUACCACGGGGACUCCAAGACCUGCGAGGUGUCAGCCUGGUGCCCCGUGGAGGAUGGAACUUCUGACAACCAUUUUCUGGGUAAAAUGGCCCCAAACUUCACCAUCCUCAUCAAGAACAGCAUCCACUACCCCAAGUUCAAGUUCUCCAAGGGCAACAUUGCAAGUCAGAAGAGAGACUACCUGAAGCACUGCACAUUUGAUCAGGACUCUGACCCCUACUGCCCCAUCUUCCGGCUGGGCUUCAUUGUGGAGCAGGCAGGGGAGAACUUCACAGAACUGGCACACAAGGGCGGUGUCAUUGGAGUCAUCAUCAACUGGAACUGUGACCUGGACUUGUCUGAGUCAGAAUGCAACCCCAAAUACUCUUUCCGGAGGCUUGACCCCAAGUAUGACCCUGCCUCCUCAGGCUACAACUUCAGGUUUGCCAAGUAUUACAAGAUUAAUGGCACCACCACCACUCGAACUCUCAUCAAAGCUUACGGGAUUCGAAUAGAUGUUAUCGUGCACGGACAGGCAGGGAAGUUCAGUCUCAUUCCCACCAUCAUCAACCUGGCGACGGCUCUGACCUCCAUCGGGGUGGGCUCCUUUCUCUGUGACUGGAUUCUGUUAACGUUCAUGAACAAAGACAAGCUCUACAGCCACAAGAAGUUCGACAAGGUGCGUACUCCACGGCGUCCCUCCAGUAGAUGGCCUGUGACCCUUGCCCUGGUCUUGGGCCAGGCCCCUCCCCCACGUAGUCCCUGCUCCCAGGAUCAGCCAGCUAGCCCUCCAUCAGGUGGAAGGCCAACUUUGGGAGAAGGGGCAGAGCUACCACUUGCUGACCAGCCUCCUCGGCCUUGCUCCAUCUCUGCUCUGACUGAGCAGGUGGUGGACACUCUUGACCAACAUAUGGGACAAAGGCCUCCUGUCCCUGAGCCUUCCCAACAGGACUCUACAUCCACGGACCCCAAAGGUUUGGCCCAACUCUGAUCUCAUCCUCACUAAGCUACAGACCUGGAUCUGGGAGGGCAGAGACAGCUUCGGCUGCUUUGGCAGCUCUAGGGAAGAUGUGUGCUCUUCAGUAACCAAGCAUGCCCAUGUGACUGGGAAACGAGACACCUGUGCAAGGGACAAGAGCCUUGCUCUAGCCUAGGCUCACACUCUUCCUCUCCCUAAGGCUUACGGGGAGAAGUGGGUCCCUGCCAUCUCCUUUCCUAGCUGACCUCCUUAUAGGACCCCUUAUCCUUCCCUGCCCCUCUUGUGCUCUCUUCUGGGAGCCAACAUCAGAGCUAAACUCUCCUUCCUUUAGAAGUCACAGCAUGCUGAGUCCAAUAAACCAGUGA